GACUCACAGCAAGCAGUGACCACUAGUUUGAGCUGCCGGCCAGAAUCGAGACGUCGAUGAAGAAGACCAGGACGCCAUUCCAAGCCUCAACUUGCAAGUGGAUGCACGAUUUUUAGCUCCUCAUUGAGUCGACUAGGAGCUCGAAUAAACACCAGCCAUGCAAAAUUCCUGGUAGGACCCAAUCGGAUCUUCGAUCUUCUCCUUCCCAAAUCCAUUACUGGUACUAAAAUAAUAUUGGAAUCUCUAUAUAUGAGAUGCGAUGAGAUGAGAUGAGAUGGAUCGAAAAGAGCUCGCGCACACCUUGCCUUAGCUCCAGCGUGAGCUCAGCAGCUCAUGCUCUGACCUGCUCUCUGUUCCUCUCAUACAAGCCGCCUCCAUCAACAGCUGCUGCGGCAUCUCUGCUUCCGCCAUGGACAGGAUUACCCAGUGGGUUUCUUCCCAGGAGGUCCCCGCCGACCUUACCAUCCGCAUCGCCGACUCCAGCUUCCCCCUCCACAAGGCGGUGAUGGUGCCCAGGUGCGGCUACAUCCGCCGGGCCAUCGCGGCGGCCACCAAGGACCCCUCGGCCGCCGUCGAGCUCGACCUCUCCUCUCUGCCGGGCGGCGCCGACGCGUUCGAGAAGGCGGCGCGUUACUGCUACGGCGCCAACUUCGAGAUCACCGCGCGCAACGCCGCCGCGCUACGCUGUGCCGCGGCGUUCCUCGACAUGCAGCACCCGGCGGACCUGGCCCGCCGCGUCGACGAGUUCCUCGCGCAGGCCGGCCUCCGCGCGCUGCCGAGCGCGGUGACCGUGCUGCGCUCCUGCGAGGCGCUCCUCCCGGCCGCCGAGGAGCUCGGCGUCGUGCGCCGGGCCGCGGACGCCGUCGCCCUCAGGAUCUGCAACGAGGCGCUGUUCCCGACCAGGUCGCCGCCGGGGUGGUGGACCGCCGAGCUCGCGGCGCUCUCGCCGGCGUCCUUCCAGAAGGUCGUCACGGCGCUGCGCUGCCGCCGCGCUGACCCCGAGGUGCUCGCCAACGCCGCGAGCGCCUACGCGGAGCUCACGCUGGCCGAGGUCCUCGCCGACCCCCGGGACAGGGAGGACCAGCGCGCGCUUCUCGAGUCCGUCGUGGACGUGCUCCCUUCCGCCGCCGACGCGCCCAUCCCGGCCGCGUUCCUCUGCCGCCUCCUCCACGCCGCGGUCACCACCGAGGCCUCCGCCAAGACGUGCCGCGACCUGGAGCUCCGCGUCGCGGCGGUGCUGGACCAGGCCACCGUGGGGGACCUGCUCGGCGUCGCGCUCGAUGGCGCCGGGGAGCACGUCCGGAACACCGACACCGUGCGUCGCGUCAUCGCCGCGUUUGUGGAGCGGCAGGCGGCGGCGUCGGAGGGCGGGCGGAGCCGGCGGGCGUCACUGUCCGGCGGAGCGGAGCUCGAUUCGGGCGCGGCGAUGGAGAAGGUCGCCAAGACGGUGGAUGAGCUGGCGGCGGAGAUCGCGACGGAGGAGUCGCUGGCGAUCUCCAAGUUCGUCGGUGUGGCCGGCGCGGUGCCCAAGGAGGCGCGGGCGUCGCAUGACUGCCUGUACCGGGCCGUGGACAUCUACCUGAAGACACACCCGGAGCUGGACGAGAUCGAGAGGGAGAAGGUGUGCAGCGUCAUGGACCCGCUCAAGCUCUCGUACCAGGCGCGCCUCCACGCGUCGCAGAACAAGCGGCUGCCGCUGCAGGCCGUGCUCAGCGCGCUCUACUACGACCAGCUCAAGCUCCGCAGUGCCGCCGGCGCCGGGGACGACGACACGCAGUCGGCCGCCGGGAAGGCCCGCGCGCAGGCGAGGGCGGACGCGUCGCUGGCGCGGGAGAACGAGGCGCUGCGGUCGGAGCUGGCGCGGAUGCGGGCGUACUUGUCGGGGGUGCAGCCCAGCAAGGGGAGCGGGUCGUCGCCGUCGCCGGCGGCGAAGAAGACGAGCUUCUUGGGGUCGGUGUCGCGGACGCUGAGCCGGCUGAACCCGUUCAAAGGCGGGUGGGCCAAGGACACGGCCAGCGUCGCCGAUGGACGUGACGGUAGGAAAGAUAUGCAUGUUGUGAGGCCCAAGAGGAGGAGGUCCUCCAUAAGCUAAUCACAUCUCAUCAUGUUGGUUUAGGACUUAGGAGAGUUUGGUUUGAAGUUUCACUAUUACGUUUGUUUUUUAUUUAAUGUUGUGCUAUACUAGUACAAGUCUAUACCAUAUGUGCUUGCUUUAAGCAAAGCACAAAAAUUGCAUGUAUAUUGUAUUAGUGUCAUAUAAGAUCACAUUUGUGAGUUUUUAGCCAUUGAUCUAUCUCAUCGAAUUGUCAUUGGAGAAGAAGACUAAGGAAGGACCUGUAUAGAUUGUUGUAUUUUAUUUCAGAUUUUACUUUUGUAAUUCCACCAUUCACCUUGGAAAAAGGUUCAUGAUGCUUUUUUUUAA